GACUGCAGGGUUGCCUUUGCCCGCCUGACUUGGCUUCUGUUCAACAGCUCUGCAAUGAGCGUGUGUCCUUGUAAGGGCCUUGAAUAGACAAGUGUUAACAGGCUUCACAGACAGCAGCGUCGAACAUGAGGCAUUUACUGUCUCUUCCUCGGCUGGCCUCAAGGGCCUUCAGCACAACUGCCAGACAAUUGAAAAAUAAAGUGCCAGAAAGACAGAAGGUUUUCCUGGAGGAUAAUGGUCUUCCUGUCCACAUUAAAGGAGGCACUUCAGAUGUCCUUCUCUAUCGUUUAACCAUGACCAUCACAGUUGCAGGCACUGGCUUUUCCUUGUACUGGCUGCUGUUUGCCUCUAUGCCCAAGAGUAAAGCCCACUGAGGAUUGACGAAGAACAUAAAUGCUGUGUCAUACUGUAUUAUACCCUUAUAAAUAAAAACAAUAAAUUA